UCUUAACAGGAAUUAAAGCAUACAACUUCCUUUCCAACUGGAAGUCUCCUAGUGGCAUUGAUAACGUUACUCGUAAUUCAACCACAACGUUAAGAUGUCAGGAGGUUUAGACGUAUUGUCUCUUAAAGAGGAUGAUGUUACUAAAAUGUUAGCUGCAUAUACGCACCUAGGUGCUGAAAAUGUGAACUUCCAAAUGGAGCAAUAUGUGUACAAGAAGAAGAGCGAUGGUAUUAGCAUUAUUAAUCUGCGUCACACUUGGGAGAAAUUGCUAUUAGCAGCACGUGCCAUUGUUGCUAUUGAACACCCUAGUGAAGUGUUUGUCAUCAGUUGCCGCCAAACCGGGCAAAGAGCUGUUCUGAAAUUUGCGCAGCAUACUGGAGCUACUCCUAUUGCUGGACGUUUUACUCCUGGUGCUUUCACUAAUCAAAUUCAAUCUGCUUUCCGUGAACCACGUCUGUUGAUCGUCACUGAUCCGUCUACCGAUCAUCAGCCGAUUACCGAGGCCAGUUACGUGAAUAUCCCAGUAAUUGCUUUUUGUAACACCGACUCACCUCUUCGUUUCGUCGAUAUUGCAAUUCCCUGUAAUACAAAGAGUCUUCAUUGUGUCGGUCUUAUGUGGUGGUUGUUGGCAAGAGAAGUACUGAGAUUAAGAGGCUCUAUUGCUCGUGAAACCAAGUGGGAUGUUGUCGUCGACUUGUUCUUUUACAGAGAUCCAGAGGAGGCUGAAAAGGAAGAACAAGCUGCCAAGGAAAUUGCACCUGCUAAAGAGUUUGCAGGAACGGUUGAAGUUACAACUGCUGCUGAACCUGGAUGGGUCAAUGAAGUUGACACUGGCACCGUAGCUCCUGAAAAUUGGGCAGAUGACGUAGCAACUCCAACCGCAGCAGCUAUUCCGACUGCAGGAGCUGCACAAGCAUUCCCAGCUAGUGGAGACUGGGCUGCUCAGACUUCGGACGAAUGGUCCACUACAACACCAUCUGCAGCAGGACAAAGUUGGGGAGGUGCCACAACAGAGAAGUGGUAAUAUCAUUCUCUUUGAUAAUUUUUUUACACUGACAAACUUCGUACAGUGUAUGAAGAAAAAUAAAUAUAUAGAAAUUUCAA